AUGGGGAAGGAGAAGAAAACAGAGUCUUACGACAAUGGCAGUUACAACUACAAAAUGUUCAAAUGCUUCAACCGUAAAUUCAAAAUCAACGAAGUCCAACCCACCGACGACGUCCGUGACGCCUUCUGCCAAUUCGCCAUCGGCGGCGGCGGCGGAGGAGGCGACGGAGAUUCAAGCGACGGUGAAGGAGGCGUUAUGGGGGCAGAGCAACUCUGUUCUUUCCUCGACGACCACCAAGGAGAUUCAGGAACCACCGUCCCCGAGGCUCAACGGUUAAUAGACGAGGUUAUAAGACGUAGACACCACGUCACGCGGUUCACACGUCAUGGACUUGACCUAGACGAUUUCUUCAACUUUCUUUUUUACGAUGAUCUUAAUCCUCCCAUCACACCUCACGUGCAUCAAGACAUGGCAGCACCAUUGUCACAUUACUUUAUAUACACGGGACACAACUCGUAUCUCACGGGGAAUCAACUAAGCAGCGAUUGUAGCGAAGUCCCUGUGAUCAAAGCUUUGCAAAGAGGAGUUCGUGUUAUUGAGCUUGAUCUUUGGCCUAACUCUACUGGAACAGAUAUCAAUGUUCUUCAUGGAAGAACGCUCACAACGCCUGUGCCACUGAUCAAAUGCUUGAAAGCAAUAAGAGAUUACGCAUUUUCUAGCUCACCUUAUCCUGUUAUCAUCACUUUAGAGGAUCAUCUUACUGCUGAUCUUCAAGCCAAAGUAGCUGAGAUGGCUACACAGAUAUUUGGACAAAUGUUGUUUUACCCUGAAUCCGAAAGCUUAGCAGAGUUUCCAUCUCCUGCUUCAUUGCUACAUCGGAUAAUGAUCUCAACUAAACCACCUAAAGAGUAUCUUGAAUCAAGAAACCCUAUUGUUAAACAGCAGGACAAUAAUAAUGCAUCUCCAUCAUCAGAGGAAGAAUCACCUAGAGCAGAGGAGAUUCAGACACUAGAAAGUAUCUUGUUGUACGAAGAUAGUUGUUGUGAAAACAAGAGUGAUAGUGAUCAUGAGGAAGAAGAAGCUAGUGAAGAUCAGAAACCAGCUUACAAAAGAUUGAUCACCAUUCAUGCUGGAAAACCUAAGGGGACGGUGAAAGAAGAGAUGAAAGUUGUGGUUGAUAAAGUGAGACGAUUGAGUUUGAGUGAGCAGGAACUUGAUAGGACUUGUUCAUCAAAUAGUCAGGAUGUCGUAAGGUUUACACAGAGGAAUAUACUUCGGAUAUACCCAAAAGGGACAAGGUUUAACUCCUCAAACUACAAACCGCUUAUUGGCUGGACUCAUGGAGCACAAAUGAUUGCAUUCAAUAUGCAGGGUUAUGGGAAAUCAUUGUGGUUGAUGCACGGCAUGUUUAGAGCCAAUGGAGGUUGUGGAUAUGUAAAGAAACCUAACUUCUUGAUGAAGAAAGGGUUUCAUGAUGAAGUAUUUGAUCCUAGAAAGAAACUUCCUGUAAAAGAAACACUAAAGGCAAGCCAACAGAAAUAUACAUACUUUGAUGAUAUACAUAUACAUGUGAAAGUAUAUAUGGGAGAUGGAUGGCGUCUAGACUUCAGUCACACACAUUUCGACUCAUAUUCUCCUCCUGAUUUCUACACUAAGGUGUACAUAGUGGGUGUACCAGCAGAUAACGCAAAGAGGAAAACAAGAGUAAUUGAAGACAAUUGGUAUCCAAUUUGGGAUGAGGAGUUCAGUUUCCCAUUAACAGUUCCAGAGCUUGCAUUGCUUAGGAUCGAAGUCAGCGAGUACGAUAUGUCUGAUAAAGAUGACUUUGGUGGACAAACAUGCUUGCCUGUUUCGGAAUUAAGACCGGGGAUUCGAUCUGUGCCUUUGUAUGAUAAGAAGGGUGAGAAAAUGAAAUCAGUAAAGCUACUUAUGCGUUUCAUCUUCGAAUGA